AUGCUACUAAUUAAUUCGAUUUAUAUCAGAAACGGCACCGAGGAAUUUGUAGAAACUUGGCUCACUGAUGACGAAAACCAGAAAUAUUUGCGUACGCAGGCCCGGAACCGCGAUACAGAGCAGAGAGACAAGAAACGCCGUCUUUCUAUCCUUGAGGAGCAUAUCCAUGAAUAUGCGUCCUCAAAACAGCGAGAAGAAGAGCGAGCACAGAAGCGUGUAAAGCGCAAUGAGCGAAUCGAUGCUGUCGAGAUACAGAUGGAUCGAGACGAGGUAAUGAAAAUGAAAGCAACGGAACUGAAGGCGCAACUAGACAAGCUUAGGAGGAAUGAUACCCAGAUACCCAUAGAAUCAAGGAUGAGGACUAAAGCGGAAAAACUCCGGGAACUACUUCUAGCAUUAGAUAGACUUAAUACUGUACAAUAG